CCAAUAAACGAAUCAUUCAGCGCAGAGGAAAUCCAAAUCCCUUGCAAAGAACAAAGAAUAUAAGAAGCUAUCAGAUAGAUCAUCCUCACAAUCACCAACCUUCGUUUAUUUCCCCGAUAAAAUUAGAAUUAAGAGGCAAAUUUCAGCAAUAUUUUGCUUAUCUGUUGCAUUCUUUGAUAUUUAAAUAAUGGCAGUAACUAAGGAAGGUGGACCGACGCACUUUUACGAGGAAAUCGAACCCUUUUGUCGAUGGAGGAGAACGGAAGACGUCGACAUAGUUGAGCUACAUCUUCCUUCAGGUUUGAAGAAAGAGCAUCUUAAAAUACAAAUUAGCAACACCGGUAUACUAACAAUAACAGGAAGCUGUCCUGUGGACAAAACCAAAUCAAUCAAGUUUAGGAAAGAAACGAAAGUUGAAAAGAGUUGUAACAGAAAUGAGAUUCGUGCAAAGUUCUCGAAGGGAGUUUUAUACGUGACAAUGCCAAAGACAAGCCCCACAGCAGUGGCUCCUUAUCUUGGUUCUCAGGGAAACACAUCAGGAACUCGAGUCAGUAAAUCGGAUGCUGAUGGGAGUAAUAUAGCUAAGUGUGGACGUGAAUCUCAUAGUAAGUUUAGCUCAUUGAGGGAAAAACUAUGGAGGAAGCCAAUCAUUGAGGGUGUGGCAGCCCUGGUGGUUGUGGUUGUUGCUGUUGUAGGAGCGGUUAAAGCCUACCAAUGUGUUAUUGCAUCACCCGUUUGAUCAUAUUUCAAUAUGUCUACGUUGUUUCCAAUGGUAUAAUUAAAUAAAUAAUUUGUUUUUACUCUACAGAAACUUUCUUUAA